AUGACUGAUAAUAAUAGCGUCAUAUUCACAGAAGCCAGCGGUGCCAGUCCUGCCACCGAAGGUGAUUUCUCCGUUGGCUCAGAUGCAUCUCCGUCCACGUGGGCGUUGGAUGCUGCCGCGCAGGAAAGUCAUUCACCGGACCCAAACUUCUCACUCGUCAUCAUGGAUGUCCUCGACAACAGAAACUACUUCGAACAAUGUUUGGUGGAGAAGUUUGUCGAAAUGAGCACGAGUUCCAGGCUGGGAGUCAAUCCGAACCGGCCCCGAUCGUGGGUGUUUGCCCUUCCCAGCCUGUCAUCAAACACACAAACCCCGUCUGUACGGUUUUCUAUACGAGCUGCCAGCUUGAUAUACUUUGCCGUGGCCCAGCACAACAAGAGCGCCGAGGUCGAGGCGGUGCGCUGGUAUCUCGCCGGUCUUGAGAGCCACCGUGGUCUUAUACAAGGUAGCACUCACACCAGCUCAAGUUCAUUAAUGCACAAGUCAACGUCAACCAGCCCGGACAUAUCAGUGCCGAUGAUGUUUCUCUACUUCGAAACGAUGAAGCGGACGUCCCUUGACGCUUGGGCUCACCACCUCGCGGCGGCUGUCACCAUGGUCGAGGCUCAAGGUCCGGAUUAUUACCGUGCCGGCCAGGAUCACGCCAUGUUUAGGUCUCUUCGCACAUAUGCGGCUUUCAAGGCUCUUCUCUGGAACGACCCUUGCAGCUUCGCUUCGCAAGAAUGGUGUGAAGUGCCCUUCACCGACAGCACCAAGAUCCCCUACGAGCUUUUGAUCGACAUCCUCCUCGCCGUUCCUCACCAAAUGAAGCUCCCCUUGGCCCCUGGUGGCGACUUCCGGGACUCCAUGCACAGGAUUGCGUAUCUCGACGAGUCUGAGCGGCAGGUGCUGGAAAGGGAGACCCUCGUUCUUCUUCAACGCCUUCAAAAUUGGUGGUGGCAUUUCACCCAAAAUACCGGCGCCCUUUUUGCUCAGCUGGCUGCAAACCUGACACCGGAUGCCGUCGACUCAGUCACGACCUCGCCGCUUACCGAACAACCAGGUAUAUUUCCUGACACGUUGACCGCCAAGACGGUCUCACUGUACAACUCAAUGAUGGUGAUCGUCUACUCGGUGCUGAUGUAUCUGGAAGAAUGCAGCCAGUCCCUCUCCUGUGACGGGACGAUGUCGCCCAUCUCGCGCUACCGUUUCGAGAUCGAACGCCACUCGUCCUCGGUCCUGAUGGCCGCCUGGUACCAGAACUGGCGGCACCCUUACUGCGGCGACGCGUUGCGCACAGGCUUCUCUCUGAAGAUCGUGUCGUGGCUGGGUGCACACGAGGGACAGAGAGAAGAGGCACACCGGAUGAUGGCUUUGUGGGGCAUGGAGAGCAAGAUUGUAGUAGGAUGA